CCAUAAUUCUUCGGGCCGUAGGUUUGUGCUCUUUAUGAGCUUUGCAAUUGAAGAUGUUAUCCUUAUAAGGGCAUCAACAAGUACGGAUGAGUUCAAUUGGGAAGGAACAGAUGCAGAGAUUGAGCAAUUCGAAGCAUUAAUAACAUCGUGCGAAGAAGGAACAACGGCAGAAGAGGCUAUCGCUCACAAUGUGGGGUUGGAUGAAUUGACUUACCGAAUUCGACUUUCAAAUGACAUCUGGCUAGAUGUGAGAACGAAAGUCGUCGGUGCGAAAUAUGAGCCGCAGAUAGGCCUACACGGUCCUUCCCUACAGAAAGAUGUAUGGGAAAAAGCAAAAGCAACAUUGGACAAUUUGUACAAGAAAGCAAAGGAAGAAAGCAUUGAUAAUAUCGUGUUUGAUGUGUAUACUGGCCUGCAAUCCUACACGACGACAGAAAUUCCACAAACAAAUGAGAGAACUUCACAAUCACCUGAUAACCACAGCACUGCAGACGAAAGGAAGGGCUCUCAGUCGUCCAAGGUGGAAAUGUUACGUGUGAUCUUUUGGACUCAUCAUUUGAAAGCACCUUCAAAGAAACGUGAUAUGAAUAAAUGGUGUGCUGAGCUACAAGUGUACGGGCUGGUAAAAAGUGGUUACCCUGGAUUUCUGUGCUUCGAAGGAAUGAGAGAAGAUGUUGAAGAAAUUGUCCGAAGGAUCAAAGCUCUUCAAUGGCAUGCAAUCACUGUUAAAACAGAAACUCCUUACUCUUUUGAAGAGAAAAAUACACAAGAUAUACAGUCAAUGGCAAUUAGACAAUGUUUAUUGGCCAAGACGCACUCUGCAAAGGGCAAAAGUUCAUCAGAUGUGGUACGAACUUCGAUGGAUGAAGUAGAGACGGGAGGCGAGCUUGUUCAAAGGUGAGUGAUUCCGAGUGGCUUAAUGCAUUCUUUAUGAUUUAUAGCUCACACACACAUGCCCUGCAGACUACGAGAGGCUGGCAUUCCAGAAGACGAAUUGUUGUUUGCUUUGAACUUACGAUCUUAAGAAAGUUAGCAGAG